AUGGCGCGUGAUCCAGUCCGAGUUCUCGUCACCGGCGCCGCAGGUCCGCCGGAUCAUCUCUCUUCUUCUCGCACUCUUCUGAACUGUUUCUCCGUUCUCUGCGAUCUUCACAGUAUCUUAGAUUUGCGAGAAUCCCUUCACGGAGAUGCUUCAUGUUUGGGAUCUAUACCAGGAUCUGGCGUCCGAUCUUGUUUCCUGAAAGAUGCUUCUGGUGCUGAAAUCGAUCGGAAUCGUGUUACUGAUAUUUUUUAUUUUCAUUCUAGCCCGCGGAAUAUUUAGGGACAGUUAGGUGCACUGGUUCCCCUCGUGAUCCGUGUUAUGGAUUGGGAAGAAGAGUAGGAAGGGUUUUAGAGAACACCGAUGAUGCUCGAUCUAAUGGUUAAACACCGUGUCAUUUUUUGAUACUGUUCUAUCCGCAUAAAUUGGGCGGAGGGAACGUUUCCCUGGUGCAUGUUUGGUAAAACUAGGGCAGAUCCAUAUUUUUCCCUGAAGCUUGAAAUUUUGUUAGUUAAGUCGUCCCUGUUUGGCGUGUUCCUACUUCCGCGAAGCGCCGUCUUAUUGCGCGGGUGCGGGUGCCGGUGCCCAUUAUGUUGCAUUCAGCAAUAGGCCGAAUGGAACGGAUUCAUCGACCUCUGAUGCUUAGAAUUGACAUAUCCUGAAGUAUAUUAGUUAUCCCCCCUUUGUCUGCAGCUUUAGGUUAUUGACCUGCCAUUUUUUUCUUCUGAGCUAUCUUAUAUCGUGAGAUCAAUCCCUGAUUAUUAUUUAUGGAAGAAUGGCCAUUUCUUCGUGGAUUUACCGAAUCAGUUUAAGGGCUGAUGGAUUUUUCCUUAGAGACUGUACCUUAUUUGAAAGUGUUCAUCUGCUCAACUGGAGAACUGUUCAACUGUGUGUACUCCUUGUGCAAGUCCGAUUGGAGGCAUUGGCUAACAUUCGUGGCAAAAGUCCUAACCAUCACAGCUCCAGAAACAUUUCCAAUCCUCUACCAAUUUCAAGAGUGAAUAAUAGACUGAAAGAAAAUCAUUUAUGAAUGAUUUAGGUAAUCAUCUGUCGUGAAUGGCACGUGGGUUGCAUAAUGAACUUAUUUGGUCGUGGAAUCAGGAUUUGGAUCGGAAGCGCUUUUCAUGCUUGGCUUAUUAUUUUCUGGGACUGGACCCCGCCGAUGUUCAUUUGUCUUGGAGUUCGAGUAUUGUGUGCGUGGAAGAUAACAUGGUUUCUAAUACUAUUUCUUGCUUAAAAAAAAGUUCAUUUAAUACAAAACAAGGUUUCUUCCGACAUUCCCACACAACAAUGCUUAGUUUUUUUGACGCUUUUUGGUCACAGAAGCUGAAAUGUUGGUAAUUUUUUUCUGUCAAAUGAUUCUGAACCUUGGUCAUUGGUACGAGGUAUUCAGUCAGCAAACCUUCCUUCUUUUUUUUCUUUCCAUAAUGCGGAUGUUUAGUUAUUUUGGUGUCUGAAGAAUAUGUUUUCAAAAUCAACGCAGUAGUAUAAUGGAUAAAAACUAAGAAUAAUACUGUCACUUUGAACAGGGCAGGUUUAUGUAAUUAUCUUUAGCUCUCGAGUAAAAGUUUGAUUGACGUCUAUGUAUUUAUCAAGUUUCAAUUUGUCAACAUCUUGGUUACUUUUCAAGGUCAUGACUUUGUCUAUGUUCAUCGCAGGGCAAAUCGGAUAUGCUCUCGUGCCUAUGAUCGCCAGGGGAGUGAUGCUGGGACCUGACCAGCCUGUCAUUUUGCACAUGCUUGAUAUCCCACCUGCAGCUGAAGCUCUGAACGGAGUGAAAAUGGAGCUGGUUGAUGCUGCGUUCCCCCUACUUAAAGGUCUGUUCUUAUCCCCUGUUGCAAGAUAGAAAAUGUUAGUUGUAUGUAUUCUACGGCUGCGGCGCUUCUUUUCACCGGAGCUCCAAAAUCACGCCUGUCAAAACUAAAAUCAGCUCUUCUUUUUCAGGUGUUGUUGCCACUACUGAUGUCGUUGAAGCCUGCACCGGUGUCAAUAUCGCAGUCAUGGUUGGCGGAUUCCCCAGGAAAGAAGGGAUGGAGAGGAAAGAUGUCAUGACUAAGAACGUCUCCAUUUACAAGUCUCAAGCAUCGGCUCUUGAGAAGCAUGCUGCCGCAAACUGCAAGGUAUGCAAUGCGUGACUGUGGUAGUAUUUUCUUGCGUAAAUUCACUAAACUGAAUCCUCUGAUCACCGUCGCUAUGCAUCUCCUGGCUACUCUCUCGAGAGGGAAUUAUUUAUGAUGAUGAACGACUAUUCUUCGUCCAGGUCCUCGUCGUGGCUAACCCAGCGAACACCAACGCCCUGAUCCUGAAGGAGUUCGCCCCAUCCAUUCCCGAGAAGAACAUAAGCUGCUUGACCCGACUGGAUCACAACAGGGCCCUCGGCCAGAUCUCAGAGAGACUGAGCGUCCAAGUCAGUGACGUCAAAAACGUUAUUAUAUGGGGGAAUCACUCGUCAUCUCAGUACCCUGAUGCAAACCAUGCCACUGUCACGACACCAGCCGGAGACAAGCCCGCCAGAGAACUCGUCGCCGACGACGAAUGGUGUCAUCAUCUUUCAUUCCCUGCACAACUCCUGAUUCCUGCUUGUUCAUCUCCUGAACCCUUUCCGAUUAUGGCAGGCUCAAGGGGGACUUCAUCACGACUGUUCAGCAACGGGGGGCUGCAAUCAUCAAAGCGAGGAAGCUCUCCAGCGCGCUGUCCGCCGCGAGCUCUGCCUGCGAUCACAUACGUGACUGGGUCCUCGGGACUCCAGAGGUUGCUACUCUGAUCGCGCCCAUCCUGUGUCCUUGCUUUAUAUGUAUCUUGAGAUCUCUGCGACCAAUACCCUUUUUCUUCUUUCAGGGAACAUGGGUUUCCAUGGGGGUAUACUCCGACGGUUCGUAUAAUGUGCCUGCUGGGCUCAUCUACUCCUUCCCCGUUACCUGCAAGAACGGCGAGUGGAGCAUUGUACAGGGUACGUGCCGUCCAUCAUUUCUCUUAGAACUCUACUGUUCUAGUCGGCUAAUGGGUGGACGACAUACUUUCGACCGAGAUCUUGGGACCUGAGUCCCCGGGAAGCUUCAGCUCUCUUAUUCGGCGUCUGUGAUGUUGGCACAGGGCUUCCCAUCGACGAGUUCUCGAGAAAGAAGAUGGACGCCACGGCGGAGGAGCUGGCCGAGGAGAAGGCGCUGGCGUACUCCUGCCUCGCCUGA